AUGGAAGAGUUGCCAUCUGAAAGUGAAGUAAAGGAGGCUAUAUUUUCACUCAAUGGGGAUAGUGCUAGUGGGCCUGAUGGAUUCACAGGACAGUUCUAUCAAAAAUGUUGGGAGGUUAUCAAAUUGGAUGUGAUUCAAAUGAAUAGAUUGGCAAAGGUUCUUCCUAAUAUUAUUUCUCACAAUCAGACAGGAUUUGUGAAAGGAAGGAGCAUUGCAGAAAACAUAUUGCUGGCACAGGAGAUCAUCAGAGAUAUUAACUUGAGAGCUAAACAUACUAAUGUGGUGAUCAAAUUAUACAUGGCAAAGGCAUAUGAUAGACUUUCCUGGAUUUUUUUGACUAAAGUAUUGAGACAGUUUGGGUUUGGAGAGGGGGUAAAACAAGGUGAUCCACUUUCUACUACAUUGUUCAUUAUAGCAGCAGAGGUUUUAACAAGGAGUCUGAAUAAGCUGCAUGAGAAGCCAAGUUUCAUAGGCUAUGGAAUGCCAAAAUGGAGUCCUCAAAUCAAUCAUCUAUCAUAUGCUGAUGACACAAUAUUAUUCUGUUAUGGGGAUGGAUGUUCUCUAAAACUAAUGAUGAAGAGACUGAGGAAUUAUGAAAAGGCUUCAGGACAGCUGGUCAAUACUGAUAAAAGCUGUUAUUAUAUUCAUCACAAAGUCUUAGCCAGAGUUAAUAGAAGGAUUAAAAGACAUACAAAGAUGAGAAAUAGAUCCUUUCCUUUCACAUAUUUAGGCUGUCCAGUGUUCUAUGGAAGAAGGAAAUUGAUAUACUAUGAGGAUCUGAUCAAAAAAGUGAUGAAAAGGAUUCUAUCUUGGCAAAACAGAUUGCUAUCUUUUGGAGGCAGAUAUGUGCUGAUCAAUCAUGUGCUGCAAACCAUGCCAGUGUAUUUACUAUCAGCCAUGAAUCCUUCUUCUGGGGUGAUAAAGCAACUGCACAAGAUCUUUGCCAAAUUCUUCUGGAGCAAUACAAUAGGGGUGAAAAGCAAACAUUGGGUGGCAUGGGACAAAUUAUGUUUACCAAAAGAUGAAGGAGCAUUGGUCUUAGAUCACUAA